GCGAGACAUAUGGGCGAGCUAGGAGACUGGAUGAUUACUCGCGUAGCCCUCGGUAUGAGACUGAUGGGGGUAGAGGCGACUCUCGAGGCCGGUGGGAGUCAGAUCAGGGCCGGCGAGACGGAUACAGGGACGGCAGAUAUGAGAGAUCGGACCGAGAUGGAUAUAGGGACGACAGGCACGAGAGGUCGGAUCGAGAUGGAUACAGGGGUGGCAGGUAUGAGAGAGGAGAUCAAGACGGAAGCCGACGAGAUAACUCGCGCGGGCGGUAUGACCGCGAGGGAUUCGCGAGGGCUCAGCGUGAUGAUUCGCGGGGGUGGUACGACCGAGGAGAUCGACGCGAUGAGUCGUGCGGGCGAUACAACCAUGGGGACCGCCGGAAUGACUCACGGGGACGAUAUGAGCAAGGAGGAUCCGGAGGAGACCGCCGCAAUCAUUCACGCGGCCGGAACGAGAGAGGGGGAUAUGAGGCGAGAUAUGGCAACCACACCUAUAAGGGUAGCAGCUACCAAGUCGGCAAGGGGGUCUACAUCGAAGAAAACCGACACGGAUUACGUGAUGGCGGAGAAGGACGGACAACGGAUCGAUGGAGAGGAGGUUAUUCUUUCGCCACGAAAGCGGGGAGUGAAGAAGUUCUUGAUAAAGAGUUUGCUGGAUGAGAUUGACACGGUCGAGCCACUGAGACGGGCCCUUCGGCAGCCCAUGCAUUGCUCUAUUCUGGAAUAUCUGGCGGCGUCCAAGUCGGCUCGCGACGAGUUACAGAUGAUCACGCGGAAAACUCGCAUACCUCUAUCAGAGGAGGCUCAGGUGACCCCAAAGGCGGAUGCUCCAACUGUAGCAGUAUCGGAGGUGACAGCUAGAACGGAUCGCAUGGCAACAGUUCUUCUUGAUGGGAUGGAAGGUGUGCCUCCAAACAAGUUUUACAUACUUGGAAGUGGGACCGUGGAGGCAGUCCUAAACGAUGGAGCGGUUCUGGAUAUUGUGAUCGAUAACGGCAGUGAGGCUGUCAUCAUAGACGAAGAUCUAGCAGUGCAAGUUGGACUGGGCCUUGAUAGGUCAUACUUAUUCGAGAUAGAGAUGGCUGAUGGGAGAAAGCAAGAGAUCACUGGGGUUUGUCACAAGGCAGCCAUAGAGGUCCAAGGGGUACGAGUGACCCAGCCAGUCUUUGCAGUCAAGAACUGCAGCUCUGACUUACUCUUGGGACGGACGUGGUUAAGCCAUGUGCAUGCGGUGACGAUAGAGCGGCCCGACGGGAGCCAGACAUUGUCCAUCAAGAAGCUAGAUGGGGCGCGAAUUAUGAUUGAGACAGUGGAGCUUCGAGACCCGAGGAACAGACCAGCCCUCGCUGUGGGAGCAGGACCCGGUGAUCAGAUUAAGUCAUUACCUAUCUCUGGCCGCGCGGUGCGAUUUCGCGAGAAGAAGUAUGGACCACUGCUCACUGAAGAAGAAGGCCAGAUUGUAGAGAUGGAAGAUUUAGGGAGUCGACUAAUAGUGGACGGCAACACGUAUCCAAAGGAGGCAGAUGAGGAAUUUGGCGGUGUGUUAUCUGUGUUUUUUUGAAGGGCAUGGCCCCCUAUGGGGGGCUACCCAAGCG